CGGCUUCCCGACUCAAUCAAUGAUGACGGGAGGCUCCGAGAUAGCUCCAUCCUCAACCACUUUUUAUUUUACCUGCGCAAUCAACAACAGAACAGCGGCCGGCAAAAAUGCCAUUUAGUUUCUUGGGAGCAGCUUCUCUAGGCCUGGAACCAAACGCUCGGAUGCAAUGAACGAUCCAAACCACAGAACCCAUGGCGGGAGCGGCGGCGCCAACGCGCACACCCACAACAACAACAACCCUCAUUCCUUCGCACAAGCUCAGCAGCGACUAGCCGCCCGCCGACAGGCACGCGAGGCCGAGGUGGCCGCCCGCAUCGCAACCGUACAGUCCGCCUCGCAGCUACGCGCCCGGAUCGCUACCAUCCAAUCACCCCUCCUUCGCAGGAUAGGCACGUCGACCCUCUCCUUCUGGGAUACCAUCUCCAGCCGCGAGGGCACGCGCCCUGCCUUCCGCGUGGGCCAGGUGGACGCCGAGUUGCUCGACGAAGAGCUGAUCGAGUUACUGCGCGGUCAGGUGGGCGACGCGCUGAAGUACAUUGGCGGCGGGCGCGGAGGCGCGGGGACCAGCAAUUCUGUCCUGCACGACUGGGAAGCCGAGAUCUCGCUUGCGCUGCGGGCGGUGCUGUUCAAACUGACCGUGUGGGAUCACGACGCGACGUACGGCGCUGCACUGCAGAACCUAAAGUACACGGAUGCGCGGCGCGACGGCCCGGUGUUGGUGCCGCCCACUAGGUGGCAGAAGUCGCUCUAUGGGCUGGCAACCGUUGGCGGGAGAUAUCUGUGGGCCAAGUGGGAGGCCUGGCUGCUAGAGCAGGACGAUGGAUUCGAAGGCCCGAGUCCGCGGGUGCGGCAGCUAUCGAGGUGGACUUCGGCCCUGUCGACAAUGCACGCGGCCGCCGCGCUGGCCUCUUUCCUGGUGUUCCUGGUACAAGGCAGGUAUCGGACGCUCUUGGAUCGGGUGCUGCGAAUGCGUCUGGCCCCGCCAACGAGCCAGGUCAGUCGCGAGGUGUCGUUCGAGUAUCUCAACCGCCAGCUUGUGUGGCACGCCUUCACUGAGUUCCUGCUCUUCGUGCUGCCUCUGGUGGGCAUAAACCGGUGGAGGCGUUGGCUGGCACGGACAUGGCGGAGGACAAAGAAAAUCAUGAGCGCGGGCGCCGAGGGCACGGGAGACGAGAAGAAAGGCGAGUAUGCAUUUCUGCCAGAACGCACAUGUGCGAUCUGUUACCUGGACCAGAACUCGGCAACGAGCGAGAACGAGCUCAUGGCUGCCGCAUCGAGCGGCCUUAUAGGGUCGUCACAGACGGACAUCACCAACCCCUACGAGGCAAUCCCGUGCGGAUGCACCUACUGCUUCGUCUGCCUGGCGACGAGGAUAGAAAGGGAGGAAGGCGAGGGGUGGACAUGCCUGCGUUGCGGUGCGUUGGUCAAGGAGUGCAAGCCUUGGGGUGGAGACGUCUUGGAGCCCGCGGGCAAGUCAACGGCUCCCAAGACGGUUGUGUUCGCCGACGACGUCAACGCUCCGUCGGAUGGGGGGCACAGCGCGGACGAGCAGCAUUCGCAAGUCCUCGUUGAGGCGGACUCUCACAGUGGCGUAAAAAGCCUCUCAUCGCGAACGCCCAGUGUGGCGUCAGAUGAAGCAGGCGGCUCAGGGUCUUCUGCAUCAGAAGACUUCGAGGCGGAAGAGGAGGGAUUUGACGAGGACGCCGACAGGUAGCAUCAUACCGGUGACGCCGGCCUCCCUGAGGACUGCGGGCCGGUCUCCGAGGGAAGUUCGUUGUGUAUCUCGACAAAUGUACGUGCUGUACCUGUAUGUACAGGCCCCAAUGGGAGUCACACUACGAGUGACGCGCCGCCUUCCCUUUUUGUCCGGAGAGUGUCCCGUCAAAUAUGCGACGCUGGUCCCGUCCGGCACACCCUGCGGUGCGCAUUGGCUAGGCGGAUUACGGAUCGCGUGACUGCCACUCAUACAGUUGGCGACCGGAGCCGGGGGUGAUCUUAGAGCGGCAGAGUGCGUUGUGACUCACGCCCGUUCUCAGCACCCGCCAUGUCAAGCCUUACAUGAACUGUGAGUCAACACAUCGCAUCCCAAUCAAAGAUCAUCGAGGCUCCUGGCCAA